UUGACAGACGAUGAUCGUUUCAAUUCUCGAAACUAAUCGAUCCGUCCAAAAACCCUUCCGGGUGCACCCUGCCAUCAUGCAUUGUCUACAAAACUAACUAUACGCAACUCGUCGCCAGUCCUGCGACACGCCCGGUUGCCCGGCCACUUGGUGUCCCACGUCCUCCUGCUCAUGUACGCCGCGGCCGUCAGCAUCGCGUACAACGUGCUCGAGGACAUGGCCGAGCUGCUCGCGCUGAGAUUCGCCCAGGACGCGGCCUCGCGACGGCUGCGCCCCGCGACCCUGCUCCGGCACCGGCGCGCGUGGCUGGCGCUGCGCGACCUGCUGCAGGGCGUCAUGCUCGCGCCCGCCACGGUGACGCUGGGCGUGGCCCUCAUGAUGGUCAACGCCGUGCUCAGCCUGUACUACGUCGUCAACUGCGUCAUGGUGGGCGCGCCGACCGAGCUCAUCGCCAGCCUCACGCUCGCGUCCUCGGACCUCGGCUUCCUCCUCGUCGCCAUGUGCUCCGCCGCGGACGGCGCCGUGAUCGCGGUCAACAAGUUUGCCAGAGCGUUCGAGCUCAUCGAGCCCGACUCUGUCAGCGACUAUGCGUUCGCCCGAGAGGUGUCCCGAGAAGCGCUGUCGCACAAGUUGACGCCAGUGUGCGUCGCCGGGUACUGGUACCUCAGCAGACAGACGGUGUCGUCGGUGGGUCUCAUGGUCGUCUCCUACCUCAUCGUCCUCAUCGAGUUUCGGCAGCAGCAGGAUUCAUCCGCCUUUUACAGCAACGCUACGUCACGGGGCGUCUGACCCUUAGACAAGGACUGACCACGACGGUGACGGCCAAGACUAGUGCGCUGAAGAGCAGGUGGAGAAACAAAACAAAAAUGA